CGUAUUUUAGAUUGCUGGGUUGUAUGGAAAUCUGGAAGGGUUUAAAUAUGUUGAAGUGAUUGCAUUUAAGCCUAAAAUUCUAGUUGCUGUAUUUAACAUUACGGCUGAUAAAUCCACUAAUCCGAAAGUGUUGUUGCAAAAGAUGGUAGACGUGCUGCGAAAGGGUGAAUUACGUAAUCACGAGGAACCAAUAGCGGGAAGACUCACCAUCGAUGUGCGAGGAUUUAAGUUUACGAACAGUAAAGGAUACAAUUUGGUUUGUCCACCUGAAUACAAUUUUGAUGUUCACUGGCCACUCGGUGUCUAUGGUACCUUUGUAAGCAUACCUUGUCCAAGGGAAGCGAGUGGAUUGACAACUCGGCAGUGCAGUGGAACCGAGACAAAGCAAGCGUCGUGGACGAUACCUGAUUUUAGUGACUGUGUAACAUACAAGUACGAAUCUCUUCUUCGUGAGGUCCAAUUGCUUACGUCAUCAGGAGUCAACACGCCAGAUGUGACUUCUGCGUCUAUUAUCGACCGUCUAUUGCAGCUGACCGUGGUGGAUACCUAUGGUUCAAAACCUCCCAAAGAAUUUCAAUUGAUCAAUGACCUGCAGGAUGCUGAACCUGAACCACAUAAAGCAGCUAAGCCAUCCGAGGAGGAGGAGCAACUUCAUUAUUUCAAAUCAGGCUCAACGAAGGAGAGUCUAUCUCCUGAUAAAUUGAAAGCGUAUUUACGUCAGAUGGGUUUAUCUGCUUUGCUUGGAAAAACAAACCAGCCAGACUUGCUAUCCUUGUACAAAUCUAUUGCAUCGAAAGCAAAUUUAGUUGAAUCAUCAAGACCAAAAACUUCAAAAGGUUUCAGUAGCGUACGAUAUCCAAAUCCAAAAUUCGACUCUGACAAGGUCAAUGAAGAUAUACCUUCGCAGAAGGAGGGUUCACAUUUUCGAGUGACGUCACAAGCUCUUCCCAAACCAAUCUCCGUUGAGUAUGAUAGAAUUACCGACAGUAACAACAAAAACCCAAUGGACUCUGUCAAACAAAGCACUCAUGUCUUUUGGAGUCAACCAAAGCCUAUAGGAGACCUAGGGGCUCAAUCUCCAAACAGAGUAGAAAGUGAUCCUUCCCAUCAUGCAACAUCAGCGUGGGGAGAAAUAUCUCCCGUCCAGGGCGUACAGCCAUAUAAAGUGGCACAGGUUUCGCAACAAUUUUCGAAUUUACCUCCAGAUUCCAAAAAAAUAGAAAUGAAAGAAAUUCCGAGUGUGUCAGAACAGCCGGCAAAUAUAGCGAGUGUAAAAUAUGAGCCGAAUGGCGACGAAACGGUUCAGCAACAAGAAUCACACUUUCACAGUAAUAACAUUGACAAAAACGUGCAUACAUAUGUUGGCCUUUCACAGGAUAAAAAUGGCGCCAAGACAGAGUCCUAUGUUUUGUCGGAAAAACAAGCGUCACAGCCGCUAGACCACAAAGAUAUAGCACCUUUCUACGCAGAUGAUCAGUUAGAGCCAAAUGGUGUGCCUAUAUACGAAAGUAGACGGGACCGGACAAGUCGUCCAAACAAGGCUGAGAUGUUAAAAAGUGCUAAACAACAAUUAAAAAGUAUCAGACGUAAACGUUUCGGAGAUAAAAUGGGUGAACUUUUACAUGACCACACAUAUGAUUCUGAUGAUUUCGAGAGUCUGUUUCACGAAGCUAAUCGAGUUACACAUCCAAACAACGACAAUGAUUGGUUCUCUGUAAAUAAAAGAACGGGCGGCGCGAGUAAAAGGCAAAGUCAUGUGAAAGCGGCAAGGAAAAGACGUUCCAUUGAAACUGAUGACGAUUUUGAACAUUUGUUUGAAAGUGGUAUGUUUGACAGAAAGGGUAAAAGGGAGGUUAAUAAACAAGGCGAUCCCAUUACCAGUUUGUUACAGUUGGAAUCAGAAAUUUCUGCAGAGAAUACAAGUUUAACGGUUUCUAAGAGAAGUUUAGGGGAAGAAGACAAGUUGAAAGAAAAUUCAAGCAAACAAAGGAGAUCAGAACCUUUCACACAACUUUAUGGACAAGCCACAUUGACUGAAAUUCCUGAUGUAAAACAUCACCAUUUUGUUAUGAGCGGUAUCGGAAGAAGUAAAACACCGACAAUGUCGGAUUUUAUUUCUGACGAUACUCCAGCUAACUUUUUCGUUGACAAAAUCAAAGAUCCCAACGUUCGCAAACAAACCGCCUUAGUUGUAAAAAACAAGAAAUUUUUAAGAACAUCCAAACCAACAGCUAAUAUAAAAGCGUACAAACCAGUGAUGUAUCACAAAGUCGUAGAAAAGCCGACGAUCGUUGACGUUCCCACUGGACAUGUCGUAAAAAGCGGAAAUUUAAAAGUUACCAAUAUUGAAUUUGAAGAGACUCCAAAAGACUUAAAUCUGGAUGCUGCUUCUAAAGACAAUCCCGCGGAGACUAAACAUAUUGUGCAUAUAAAAGUCAAUUCCACGGCAGAAACACAACAUAAUGUAAACUCUAACGUCAAAACUAAUGUUCAAACAAACGUCUUAAUAAAGUGUAACGGCGACGAAAACGAAUGUAAGCCAAAAAGCACACCAGAAAUUCCAGACUCAAAUAACGACUCUCUGCUUUCAAAACAAGGUUCUAAAGUGAUAGGCGAGGCGCAGAUACCUCAAGCUGGCACAAGCGAUGAAGUAGGAACAUCUAGUGCUCCACCUAUUACGCCAACUACCACAACGACAACAACAACAACAACUACGACAACCAUGGCAACGACGUUGGCAACUACAACUUCGACAUCGUCACCACCACCAACAACACCAUUAACAACAACAACUACAGAAACAACAAAAGCUGCGGCAGUGACUACAGCAAAUGUACCGGCAACAACAAAACCGAUGGCUCCUACAAUCGAUCCGGAUUAUCAAGAUGUUGAUGACGAAACAGAGUCUGAGGGAACUCCUAAAGAAGAGAAAAAACCGACAGAGAAGCCGCAAGAAGUGAACAAUGAAGCAAAAGAUAAAAAACCAAAACCAGAAAUAUCAAUCACCGUCAUCAACAAAACAGAAGCCGUCAAAAUCGAAAGCGGUGCUCCAGUGGAUAAAAAACCAGAAGAUAAGAAACCGGUCGAAGAGAAAAAACCGGAGGAAGUUAAACCGGUCGAGGAGAAAAAACCGGAGGACGUUAAACCGGUUGAGGAGAAAAAACCGGAGGAAGUUAAACCGAUUGAAGUAAAGAAGCCAGAGGAGCCAAAGAAGCCAGCAGAGGAGAAAAAACCGGAAGAAGAAAAGAAACCUACCUUAGAAGAAGAGAAAGAAAAAGAACACCCACCAAAAGAAGGCGAUGACCUUAUUUUCACCUAUGAGGAGGAGAAUAGCAAACAACGCGCUCCGAUGUUCGGUGGAGACAUCAUGAUAAGUUUGGAUAUUACAGAUGAGUUGUUAAAAGAUGCGAAAAACAAAAAGAACGGCCCGACCAUACAAGAAGUAGAGGUAAAUGAAAUCAAAAGCAACUUCGUUUUCAGGGCAUUUUGCCUUUUUUGAUUAAAUUGAUAACCACUCCGUAAUAUCAGCUUAGGGGCCAAGGGACCCUGGGGAUUGCGAGAUCACUGUUUCACUAUUCAAUUUACUUAUUCAAGGUCGCCGAUGUGGUCGCCUAACUGCUUAAUAACUUUUAUAAAAACUUUUUGCAAUUUCAAUUUCUGCGCACUAAAGAAAUUUUCGUUUUUCAGGAGUUCCUACAAGCAUCUAGCGCUGUUCUUGAUGAAGCUAAUGAGAUGGAAUGGAAACAUUCAAUUCGAGUAAGUAAAAGGGCAACUUAUCCGAGUAAAUCUAUAGGUCAUAAAAAAAUUAAGUCCACAAGGUUUUGACAUUUUUAUUGAUUUUAAUUUUAGUCAUUCAUACGUUUCGUCUAUUUUUAUAUUUAUUUUUUAUCCUACCUACGCCAUAACUAUUCGUGGAGGCAAAUCAUUAUUCUCGAAAAACAUCUUUCCCAGGGCUUUUCUACUCUUACGAGCAACUUCUAAGCAACAGCCCACU